AUGAGCGGCUCCAAGCGGAAGGCAACCAGCAUCAGCACCACCACCACCAGCAGCGCCAGCAGCAGUAAACACAAUACCAGUUGGCACUCAGGCACGCCAACGCGCGUCUCGGACAGGACCAACACACCAGGGAGACCAAAGCUGCGCCAUGAUACCCGCCAAGACAACGUCUUUGCCAUCAAGGAUAUAAUUGACGAGAAGUUCCUCCACGGCAAGCGUCACUACAAGAUCGACUGGCAAGACGAUCCAAACACUGGGGAGUCGUUCUCGCCAACUUGGGAGCCCGCAGAGAACGCAAACGAGGACGCUGUCAAGGACUGGGAGAGGGACAAGCAGCGCCGUGCCCUGCUCAGUCUCACACCGGAAGCCAUCGCCGACAGUGAACCCUCUGAGGCCUCAACACCUGGUGAAGCAACCGGCGAAGCACCUGCUCGAGGCAUCUUUGUUGAGCUGCAGUCCAAGUCGGAUUUCUUGAGGUCAAGACCAGAGUUUGAUCUUUCCGACGUUCUCGUUGUCUCAUCGUCCCAGCUCUCACAAUUCCCUCACUCCCACUCUCCGAUUGAGCUUCCGCCCUCUCAGUUCUUCGUCGCCUCAUCUCAUCCGUCUCUGGGCUUUAUCGCAGAUUCCCAGCCUGCAGACCCGGUUAUUAUUGAGUCGCAGCAGACAAAAGCCACGACUAGGCACCCAGGCUUCAGCCAGACGACCAUUCCUGAUUCCCAGGAUUUUUCAACAGAUUUGUCGCAGAACCCCAACAGCGCCAGCUUCACGGGCCAAGGAAGUAACCGGCCACCAGUGGGUCAGGUGACUCAGGACGAAGCAGGAGCAUCCGUCAGAGCCGCCACGCAACUCCCAUCGUUCGACUCGUCGAUACCGUCUCGUCAACCUGGCACCGUUUUGGGCUCCUUUGGAACACAUUCGAUCCCCUGUUGGGAGGAAGGGGACUGUCUGAAGGAAGACGACCAGCAAGGAGCCCAGACAGAGCACUCGCAAGUAGAGAGCGCGGUCUCAGGGAGGCCAGCGUCUAGUUUCGAGGGCUUUUUCACUCAAGUGGAAUUCGAAAGUGGCAAUUACGAUUUGCCCGGCGGCACAGAACCACGACAUUCAUCUAAAAACACCGCUUCCCAAAGUGAGCAACCUUCAAACACCUUGGCUGAGGUGACUCCAACGGACGACUCUCAGCAAGCUGCCCAGAUAGUGUCGCCUCUAGCAGCAGAAGCUCCUUUAUUCCACACACAAAACGAGGAAGACUUCUUCACUGCGUCGGAGGAUUACGAGGACGCAGCCAUGGAUGAGUCGCAGGUCGUUCCGUCGGAACGCUCAGCGAUCGAGGAACUAAGGGCAAUCCAGGAGGCUUUCAUACCUGGCUAUCAAAAUGAUACCGCAGUCGACAACACGACAGGAGGACAAGAUCCAAAUGCGCCGCCUUCACCGGUCUCGCCAUCCGCGAUCCUCAACAGCGUAGAGCACGAUUCCAUCGAGAACCUGCACCAUCCGGAUCCCAAUCAUCCUGCUGUUGACCCAACAUCUUGGGUUCACGGACCACCACCCGAACUAUUUGCGGACAGUAUAGAGCCUCACCACGAUGCGUCGACUAUGGACUCUAACAUAGCAUCUUUGAAACAACCUGCGGCAGCCUUGGGUGCAAUGGAGGAGCUGGACUUGUCAGCGAGUGCUCUGAAACCACAUGUGGGAGCAAGUCUUGAAGGGAGCGAUGUCCCCGUCACAGUCACCCCGUCCGCCCUGUUCACUUCCGCGGAUCUCAACGUUCCACCUGGCCUCUCACUUCGACCAGGCGGUGGUUUGCCUGAAGAAGCGGAACCCGGUGUUGCAUCAAGUGAGGGCCAAGACGAUACCGCCAUGCAUGACGACCAGGACUUCGACAUUCUCCCCUCCGAGGACAGUGCACCAAACGAGUACCUCGUUCCCAUACCUCCUGCGGCCAGAAUUCGCGCUGAGGUCUUGGAAUUCAUCAAUCAACAUCGUCAAGAAAUACACGCUUUCACUACAAAUGUCUAUAGCGGCGAUGGUGCCCAGUCGCCAGAUCCUAAAAGCACCGCGAAGAUCGACGAGAUCCUCCAGCAUCUCACUGAACUGAGCAAUCUCCCACCAUACCAUAAAGACCUCUCCGACCUAUCACAGGAAGAAUGGGUGAGAUAUGCCAGAGAUACCAGCAGCAAGCUGUCAUUUGUGUACGAGUUCCUGGAAGGCUUGCGUGAUGCAGCCGUGGAAAUUGCCAUUCUCGCCGAUUCCGAUGCACAACCUGUGCACACCGCGAACAUUGUUCUGGCAUACGAUCAGACUGCCGAGCACUCGGGCCUGCUCGACCAAUACAAGACAGACACUUUGGAUAAACAGGAGCCGUUGGUGUUCUCCCUUGUGGAGGUCUACACACUCGAGCAUAUCAACCGGCGCCUCUCCCCCGCAAUGGGCCCCUUCGAGCGGAAGCAGGCACAAGCCAUCUGCCUGGCCUUUCUUUCCAGACAUCUCGAAGACGAGUGGAUGUACGAGCGGAUCCCGCAACCACAUGAGAUGGCGCAGGACCUGAUCCGCUACCUCGUAGAUGAUGAAGGACGAUUCACUCACCCUGAAACGAGAUGGGAGACCUGGGAGCACCAGACGGUCCCUGAAGAUGUCUUCGACAGAUAUAAGGCCUUUAGGGGUAGAUAUUUCUCUUCUGGCAAUCGCAAGCGGCGGUUGAGUGAGGGCGAUGACGUCUCCGAGACUCCAAAACGGGCUCGCAUCGAGUCACCGCCUGAAGUAAGCGACGAGUUGAGGAGCUUCCUGGGAACAAAUGCUACCCUCACUGGCAAUAUGGCCCAGGUUUCUAUUGAGAAGCUCGAGGAUCUUGUUCUUCAGGCAAGGGAUUUGAAAGCCGCCUUGGACAACAAAGGCGCAGAAUUGAAGGGUUGGGUGAAGACUGUGAGGAAUUUCCAGCCAAAACACCAACAAGCCAUUAGAGAACGGAACAUUUUUGAGGAGGAGCGCAACAAAAUGUUCAAGGAGAGAGAGAAGAUCCAGAAGUCGCUCGACAUCAGCCAGGCAAGGGCGACCAAGCUUUCGGAAGAAAAGCAAGAGCUUGAAGCGAAGCUACAGGAGCUGGCAAACUCGGACAACCCCAACAUAACGGCGGCCGCGCAGCGGGAACUAGAUCUCGCAUCGUCUCGGGAAAAUGCAGCAACUCUUGAGAGACAGCUCGCAUUCCUGAAGAAGGAUGUGGAGUACGCGCGCAGCCGGUAUCAGGAUGCCUCGGACAAGGCUGCUUCUCUGGGUGAAGAUAACACAGCGCUGAAGAGCCAGGUUGCCGAGCUCGAGAAGAGGGCGUCCGACAAUGUUGUCAAGCUCCGAGGGAUGAGCGCGGAUGCGGCCCGCCAGGACGCCUGGCGGCUCUACCAGGACGAGAAGACCCAGCGACUCAGUGCGGAGCGUGAGCUGGACAGGAAGAAUGACGAGCUGCGGAACUACAAGAGCCGGUUUGGCGGCCGCGAGACUAGGGGGAGUAGUGUUCCCCGUAGUCCUCGGGUCCGUCAAAUGUCCAGCCGCAACACGAGCCCUGUCGGUGACAAUAAUGGAAACGGCGGGAGUGGCAGUGGCCCUGGCCCAAUCUCGGGGGUUUUUGGUCCGAGGAGCACCCACUUGAAGGAGAAUUUCUGA